ACCAAAUUGCUUCUCUCUGCCUUCCCUUACCCUCCAUGGAUGGGCUUUCAUGCUCUGUUUCAACCCUAAAACUCCCACCCCUUCACCAAACACCUCGCGAAUUCCAUCAUUACAGAGCAUACACCCAACUCCCGCCUCCACACCCUCCUCUCCUUUCCCCCACCACCAAACCCAAUAUCUCCAAUAAAACAACCUCAUCCACUCUCAAACCCCUCACCCCAUUCUCCUCCUCCUCCUCCUCCUCGCUAAGGUCAUCUACGAUCAACUCUUCUCCUCCGCAAUUUCACCGAAAACCAGCGACUGGGUAUGCAGCAGCUCUUCUAGACAUAGCACAAUGCAAGAGUUCUCUCCAUGCAGUGCAGAAGGAUGUACGAAAGCUGUCAAAGGUAAUCUAUAACGAAGGAAUUCGAGCUUGGAUGAACGACCCUCUUGUAGGUGAGAAUGAGAAAGGGGAUUUGGUGAAGGAAGUGGCGAGAAGAUGGAAGCUUGACAAGUACUUGGUGAGAUUGGUGAAGAUGUUGGUUGAGAAAAACAAGUUGGGAAUGGUAGGUGAAGUUUUAGAGGAGUUUCAGAAGAUUUAUGAUGAAUUGAGUCUCAGCUCCGAAGAUGGAAGAAUUUCUGUUUAGAAGUAUGUAAUUUCUUUCAACAGCAUAAAUAAGAAAAGAAGAUCUCUGUAAUCAAUAAUUCGUAACAGAUAAAUGAAGGGAUUUUCACUUU